AUGAUCAUCGUAUUCACAAAUAUUAAAGACAAGGCAGGUGUUUCCGUGUUUGUUGCAAUGAAACUUUUUUAUCCUACCAAUUUUUGGGUUCCUCUGGCGAAAUCCAUGGCGGAAGCUCCACCUCGCCCUCCUCCAGCCCUCAUCGCUUGCCUCGUGGUCACCCUUUUUCUCUGCUCCCUCUCUUCCCCCGCUCUCGCCAAAUCUUCUCCUCGCCCCAUCACCGACAGUGAGAUCAGAGAGAAGAAGAACGCUUGCUACGCCGACAUCGAAAGUGGGUUGUGGGGAUGGAAGUGUAAGUCUUCGAUGAUCGAGAAGGAAAAUUGUGCGCUGCGAUGCCUUUCUCCGGUCUGCUAUGAACUCAUAUACGAGAGCGAUCCGCUGGAAGAAGGAGAGAAAGACUUCGUUAGGGCCCAGGAGUACAAAUACUGCCUGCACAAGGCAUCGCUAGGAGAGAGCCUGGAUGGCGUAAAGGGAGCCUUCGAUUAUUAAUGUAAUUUGAGCAGCUUCGACAUAUCAAAUACUGCAUAAAGAGUCCAGUCUGGGAUGUCCUGCUCUCUCUGUCGUGUCUGUAAUUGGCUUUGGAGGUGGAUCCGCUGUUGAGCAGUGGAUGUUGCGAUUCUGUUCUCCAUUAUGCUCUCGUCUCGGAGUCAAAUUCCUUUUUCCAUUCUCCCAAAAACAGGGAACCACUGAGAUAAUGGUUUACUUGUAAUAGAAACAUUUGCUAAUUCUCGAGAUCGACGCACCGAACAUACUGAAAACUAAAGCAAAAUGAGAUGAUGACAAUUAUGUGCACUCAA